AUGACUCUUUCAACUAACAGCUCGAUGGUUUCUCCUUCUGCUAAUAUUGUUGACGGAAGUAGUAAUGGAAAACAUAAUUACUCAGAUAAUAAUGAAAAUGAAUAUAAUCAGGGCGAGAUAGCUACAGAAACAGUAUCUGCUAAGCAGAAUGGCUUUAGGUAUAUGGGUCUUUUGUCCGCUUCGACAACGUCUUUACUUGGGGCAGCACCUCAGAGUCCAUCUUGUAAAAAUUGUCAUGCAUGUACGACACCGCUUUGGAGGAGAGAUCAACAUGGGUCUAUAUUAUGUAACGCCUGUGGGCUGUUUUUAAAGUUGCAUGGGCGACCUAGGCCUAUUAGGUUGAAAACGGAUGUUAUCAAAUCACGUAACAGGAAGUCUAGCACACAAGAUAAUAACGCAGCCAAUGAGAAGCGACGUAGAGAGCAUUCACUCUCGCCUUCCCUGGGAGUUCAGGGCAAUGCAAGAGAAGGCAUAGGUGGGCCUGGGAGUGGGUCAUCCCCAACCAAGAGGAGGCAGAAGUCUUUGGCGUCUCUUGCAGGUCCAACUGGUGCCACUGGUGAUGCACAGACGGUGGCGCCGGAUGCCAUGAGUGAUGCAAACGCUGGUUCCCAACGAAGUAGUAAUUCUCAGUUUCAGUAUAGCAAGUCCUUACCUCACCUCUCGGUGCUGCUAAAUAGCGUGCAAAGUGAACAGCAACAGCAGCAGCAGCAGCAGCAGCAUCAGCCACAACAACAGCAACAGCAACAACAAGAUCAGAUACAGGCACAGCAGCAGCAACAGAUACCUCAUGCACCGCUAACAACGAAAUAUCAACCAAAUCCUGCUAUACAGACCCAACAUAUACCGACGCUUAUGCAGCCUGGUUCGUCAUACACGCCUAUCUCUAACGUGCUGGAAACGACCGACAAGAUAAACCCGCAAUCCUCUGGCCAUCAUUCCUCCAUGGAAGUUCUGGGCCACAGACUCGUCACCUACACCUCGUCAGUAAGUGAGCAGCCCACGUCCGGGCAGCAGGUCGAACCCAUUCCGGCAUAUUCGAGGCCUCGCCACUCUGUCUCGCAUAUAGUACCAACGAAUUCCUCUUACCAGCAAUUCCAAGCUAUCCUCCCUCGCAUCCAGCAACAUUCCCACCAGCAGAGCGCAGGCUCCGCGCUAGAUUCCCAUAACCCAUCUCCACGUAAAGUCCACUCUGACUUCCCGCCCGUACAGAACGCUACAGUUGGAGUUCCAUCAACAGAUAUAAACAGCUACACAUCUACUAAUAAUAUUGGUAACAAGAAUUUAAGAAACUCACUGUUACCGCUAUCUCAAGUUCUUCCGACUCAAGAAGAAUUAAUCAGGCUAAAAACUAGGAUAAAUGAGCUAGAACUCAUCACUGACCUUUAUAAAAGGCAUAUUUACGAAUUAGACGACAAGUGCAAGACCCUGGAAAUCAAGAUCCAAAAUCAGAAAUAG